AUGUCUCGACCAGUCUCUGACCAGCACGUUGCUCACAAGAAAAUCACCAAGGUGUGCUGUCUGGGCGCCGGCUACGUCGGCUCCCCCACGUCGGCGGUGAUUGCCCACAAGUCCGGCGACCUCCAGGUGACGAUUGCCGACAUUUCCACCGAGCGAAUCUCGCGAUGGAUCAACGCCACCAACGAAAAGGAGCUGCCCAUCUAUGAGCCCGGUCUCUUCGACGUGCUCGAGUGCCGAGGCCGAAACCUGCACUUCACCGCCGACAUUGACAAGGCUAUUGAGGAGGCCGAUCUCAUUUUCGUGUCUGUCAACACUCCCACGAAAAAGAAGGGUAUGGGCGCGGGCUUUGCCGCCGACCUGGGCUACGUGGAGUCUGCCACACGACGAAUCGCCAAGGUGGCUACCUCGGACAAGAUUGUGGUGGAAAAGUCGACCGUGCCCUGCCGAACCGCCCAGAGCAUGCGAAAGAUCCUCGAGGCCAACGGCAAGCCCGGAGUGCACUUUGACAUUCUGUCCAACCCCGAGUUCCUCGCCGAGGGUACCGCCAUCAAGGACCUGCUGUCGCCUGACCGUGUUCUCAUCGGCUCCCUCGACAAUGACCGAGGCAAGUCUGCCGCAGCUUCCCUUGCCGAGAUCUACGCCAACUGGGUUCCUCGAGAGCGAAUCAUCACCACCAACGUGUGGUCGUCCGAGCUGUCCAAGCUGGUCGCCAACGCCCUGCUCGCCCAGCGAAUCUCCUCCAUCAAUGCCGUGUCUGCCAUCUGUGAGGCCACUGGUGCUGACGUCGACGAGGUCGCCUACGCCUGUGGUCUCGAUACCCGAAUCGGCCCCAAGUUCCUUAAGGCCUCUGUAGGAUUUGGAGGCUCGUGUUUCCAGAAGGAUAUUCUCAACCUGGUCUACCUGUCUGAGUCACUGCAUCUGCCUGAGGUGGCUGCUUACUGGAAGCAGGUGGUUGACAUGAACGAGUACCAGAAGAGCCGAUUCACCAAGCGGGUCAUCCAGUCGCUCUUCAACACUCUGACCGGCAAGAAGAUUGCACUGUUCGGUUUUGCUUUCAAGAAGGACACUGGAGACACCCGAGAGUCUGCUGCCAUUGCCCUGGCCAAGAACUUUGUGCAGGAGCAGUGCCAGGUGUCUAUUUACGACCCCAAGGUUGAGGAGCAGCAGAUCUGGUUGGAUCUGUCCGAGCCUGGAGUUGAUUCGUCGCUCACUGAGGCCAAGAAGUAUGUCACUAUCGCUAAGGAUGCUUUCGAGGCUGCCAAGGAUGCUGAUGCCAUUGUCAUUGCCACCGAGUGGGACGCCUUCAAGGAUACCGAGCUCGACUACGAGAAGAUUUACGAGCAGAUGAACAAGCCUGCUUUCAUCUUUGAUGGACGACUGAUUCUGGACUCUAAGAAGCUCGAGAAGAUGGGCUUCAAGGUGGAAGUUAUUGGAAAGACAAGAUCUGAGCUUUCCUUUGAGUAA